UGACUUUUUCCUUCUGAUGGAGACACACCAUCUACCUCAAAUUAAUUGGGCCUCUACUGCUAGUCUGCUACUACUACUUAUAGCUUAGUUUUGGGCUAUAGCUUAAAGUGUAAUUUAUUUUUUAUUUGAAAAAAAAUAAAUUCAUCAUGAAAAAGGCUUAAAGGGUUUUGGUUUUUGUCUAACGAUACAGAAUUAUGAUGUAUUUUUUUAUGUUUAAUUUUAUUUUUAUUUUGAAUAAAAAACAUAUCGCAGAUGAGUUUCUGAGAGUUUUUUAGAAAGUAUUUGAAGUGGUAGUAUAAUUACCUUACAGCUGCCAGGUGGGCUGCUGUGAACCUUUCAUCCGUAUUAUCAAUAAAUCAUCGCUAGUAAAUAUUAACGCACGCAGCAGGGUUAGCACUGUGGAGCAAGAAAUUUCAGGCUACAACUCUCUCUCUGUUGUCAUCAUCAACAUCCUCAGCGUCAGUUUUGAAUUUUCAAAAUGAAUCUGUCGAUUUUCUUUACCUAAUUUGACGAGUACAAGAAUUAGGUGCCAUUAGUGACUAACAUAAAGAAGCGCAACAGGUUAGCAGUAGUGGAGCAACAAAUUUAGCAAUGCUUUCCAGGCCACAACUUGCUCUGUUUCUCUCUCUCUUGUUCAAAUUAGUAUCUGGUGAAGAUGUUAGUUUCACCUACAAUGGCUUCCGCUCCGUCAACUUAAGCCUUGAUGGUAUGGCCCAGAUUGCAUCCAACGGCCUUUUGAUCCUCACCAACCGUACCGAUCAAUCAACGGGUCAUGCCUUUUACCCGAAUCCAAUAACUUUCAAAAACUCCAAAAACGACCCAGUUUUCUCCUUCUCCACUACCUUUGUUUUCGCUAUUCUUCCCGACUUGCCAGAUCUGGCGGGUCCUGGGUUUGCUUUUGUCAUUGCGCCUACACGGGGUCUCCCAGGAUCUGAGACAACUGCAUACCUUGGCCUCUUCAAUGGGACAAACAAUGGGAACGCGAGCAACCAUGUUGUCGCUGUAGAGUUUGACACGUUUUUGCACAAACGGGUCGGCGACAUUGAUGGAAAUCAUGUUGGGAUUGAUAUCAACAGUGUGAACUCCGUAAAAGAAGAAACAGCAGCAUAUUUUGACCAGGAAACAGGUCGUUUCAUCAAUUUUAGCAUGAUUAGUGCUAAAAAGAUUCAAGUUUGGGUGGAUUAUAAUGGCUUGAACAGACAACUCAAUGUCACUAUAGCUCCAAUCAAUUUGGGGAAACCAAAACAACCAUUGUUGUCUCUGUCUUGCGAUUUGUCACCAAUCUUGAACGACAUCUCGUACAUAGGUUUCGCGGCAUCUACUUUUUCAGUCGUGUCACCAAGACAUGUUAUCCUAGGUUGGAGCUUUAAAUUGAAUGGUCAAGCCCAAGACCUCGAUCAAUCUAAGCUCCCAAAGCUUCCUCGGAUUGGGGGUAAGAAAGUAUCCAAGUUUUUGACAAUUGGGUUGCCUUUGAUUUUAAUUAGUUUGGUUUCAGUAGCAAUAUCGGGUGUGGUGUAUGUCAUAAGAAGGAAGAGGAAGUUUGCAGAGGAGCUUGAAGAAUGGGAGCUUGAAGACUGGGAGCUUGACUAUGGGCCUCACAGAUUCAAAUACAAAGAUCUUUAUGUCGCCACGAAGGGAUUCAGAGACGAAGAAUUACUUGGUAUUGGGGGGUUUGGAAGAGUCUAUAGAGGUGUAUUAAAAAAAUCAAGAAUCGAGAUUGCUGUGAAGAGGGUCUCACACGAAUCCAGACAGGGUAUGAAAGAAUUUGUGGCGGAGAUUAUUACUAUCGGUAGGCUUCGCCACCGGAACUUAGUUACCCUCUUGGGGUACUGCCGGCGUAAAGGAGAGCUCCUUCUAGUGUAUGAUUUCAUGCCUAAUGGAAGCUUAGACAAGUACCUCUACAAUCAACCAAAAGUGACUCUCAACUGGAGCCAGAGAUUUCGAGUCAUCAAAGGCGUAGCCUCUGGCCUUUUCUAUCUCCACGAGGAGUGGGAGCAAACUGUGAUUCACAGAGAUGUCAAGGCUAGUAAUGUGUUAUUAGAUGGUGAAUUGAAUGCAAGGUUAGGAGAUUUUGGCCUUGCAAGAUUAUACGAUCAUGGAACCGAUCCUCAGACGACUCACAUUGUCGGAACUCUUGGUUAUAUGGCACCAGAACAUACUCGAUCCGGAAAGGCCACGAAGAGGACAGAUGUGUUCUCUUUUGGGGCAUUUAUACUUGAAGUUGCUUGUGGAAGAAGACCAAUUGAGCCAAGAAAACCUACAGAAGAAAUAAUAUUGGUCGACUGGGUGUUCUCAUUUUGGGCUAGAGGACAGGUUCUUGAGGCCAGGGAUCCAAUUCUGGGCAUAAACUAUGUAGCAGAGGAAGUUGAAUUGGUAUUAAAACUUGGGUUGAUAUGUUCGCAAUCAGACCCAGGUUGCAGACCAAGCAUGGGCCAAGUUGUUCAGUAUUUGAAAGGAGAUGCACCUUUGCCUGAUAUGUCUAGUAUUGAUGUUGGCCGUUCUUCAAGUGGUUCGGAGGAUUUCCGAGAGUCAUGUCCUUCAUAUUCAUAUGUUGCAGAGUCCCUCCUUUCAGGAGGGCGAUGAUUUCAAUUUUCAAGUUUUGUAGUGUAUUCUAGUAUAAUGAAUAAGAUUGUCUUCAUGUGUAUAACAAUGUCAAUGAAAGAACAAAAGAAAGUGGAAUCUCUCCGCAAACGGAGCUUAAAAUCAUGGGCUUUUUUGUCCAUGAAGUGAGUUGGAUAUGGGCAUUGGUAAGUUAGGCUUAAACUCGGCCUGAACACCUGCCAGCAGAUAAGUUGAGCCAGCACGAAGCUGAAUGAAGAUAGAUCCAACUGGGUUCAAAUCACGUAAACCCUGCAGGUAUACAU